GUUAACCUCUUCAAGUGUCUUCAAUCAAUCAAAUAUAUAAUUUUUUUCUUUUAAUGCCAAAAGUAUAAUCUAUGCAAAAAUAAAAUCUUUAUAAUACUUUAAAUAAUAAUCUAGCCUGAUACGUCUUUAAAGAUAAUAAACAAAACAAGUGGAUUAUUGUUGGUAGUAAUAUUUUGUAAAGCAUAUGGGAAACAUGUCGCAAAAAGAUUCUAAAGUGAAUGUGGCAGGGCAAAAUCACCAAACUCACCAUACCCAUAGGGAUGGUAAUGUUAUUUCGGAAAUUUUAAGGAGUACACUAGACGUCAAUAAAUACGCAACUAAAAAGACAAUUGCUCAAGGACUUUUGGACAUUGCUCUAUUGACUGCAAAUGCAUCUCAAUUGAAGUUUAUCUUACAAGUUGGAGAAGAACAUCAAUUUUAUCUUUUAAUGUUGAUAUUGAUAUCAACCAGCAUAAUAUUACAAGUUAUUCAAGCUGCCCUGUGUGUAAUUUUGGGAGGAUCAUACGAUAUAAAUAAAGAACAUCAUCAAGACAAUGCAAAUAAAACAAACAAUAUCAUAAUGGUGGUAAAUAUUGUCAUCAUGGCAGUAAAUGUGAUAAUAAAUUCCUUUGAAAUGAAGAGUGAAUAUCUGAUAAAUAUGUUUCACGCAGCAAAAACUUCAACAACAACAAUAGCUUCAACAAUCAAAUCAUAAUAUAGAUAGCAAGAAGAAAAAAUUAGAUAUAAAAUUUUUUUACUAAUGACAUUUUCGUAGACGUGUAUAUUAAAAAUAAAAAUAAUCUAGGAUAGAAGAUUAAUUGCGUAUAUAUUUUCCUUUUUAAUCACUUUUAUGUAUUUUUUGGCGCUAGCUACAUUUCUAGCAGAUGUACCUAUUUAUUUUUGUAUAAAAAAUUGUUUUUUAAUAAUAUAAAAUAUAUUUUUUAAUAAGUAUUAUUUUUAUGAAAUAAAGAUAUAUUAUUAUGUACUUCAAAAUA